AUGGCACCCGUAAACGUGGAAAGGGUGUCCUCGGUGUUUCACCUGUUCUCGGUGGACGCGGCCGACGCGCACGCCGACGCCGACGCCGACGCCGCUUGGGAUGAGAUUCGCGAGUCGUACAUCCCCGUCUGCUUCUUGGCUGCGGCUGCACGGGAGAUGGGAUACUACCCCACCCCCUCUGCCAUUCAUCAGUUCACUGAGACGGUGCCGGGCGCCGCGGCUGGCGCCGUGACCUUCGCGGGUUUUCUGCAGUUCUGCGAGGACGUUGCUCACACAAACCAGCCAGGGCGGUUGGUUAUUCACAGGAUGAUAGAGAGCAUAGACCCAAGCGGUUGUGGGGUGAUUAGCCGUCGCGAGCUCUUUCUUAUCUUGACCAGCGGCUCUGCUACCAUCACUGCCGGUGAGAUCGACGCCGCGAUGAAGCUGCUGGAUCCGACGAACAGCGGGUGCGUCCAGCUCAGGGAGCUGGAAGCCGUGCUCAUUAACUCAUGCGAACGCCAGCGAUCGGCUUCUGAGUCGCGAUCGCCGUCAGGGAAUCACCAGCAACAGGAGCAGCGACAGCAUGAGUCAUCCGUCACUUGCACGACGGUAACCGAGAAAAGCCACCGGCCGUUGCACUCCACUGGCAUCACCACCGCUGCUGUCAUCCCCCAGGCGGGCUCGCCGACGCCUCACUCGGGGCACAUGCCCGCGCAGCCGGAGGACCGGAAGCAGCAUCCAAAGUGGCGGCGAAGGGCCUUCAAUAGACGGAAGUACGAGACCCCACCAUCUCCGGCGCCUGCAACGACCGUGGCAGAGGGAGAAUGCCCACAGGUGCAGGGACAGCGCUGGUGCUCCGCCGUUGCCAGCGAGUGCGAUGGCUCCUUACAGCACGCAUACACCGACUCGGCCGGUGAGGCAGUUUUUCCGCGCCACCAGUACCUGCGCGGCAAACCAGACACGUUUGAGCAGACGCAGACGUCCAUGACGGUAGACGUGGAUGUGCAGCUGUCACCCUGCAAGCCUACAGCGGAGGUGCGGCGGAGGAAGUUAGCCAGGAACUCCUCGGCCGCCGCGUCCAACUUCGUAGCACAAGCGCCGCCCCGCCCUCACGACGGCAACAGCGCAGACACAAACGGCGGCGCACGCCGCAACAGAGUCCAGGGGCGCGAGUCGAAGCAGCAGAAGUACUCCAGGGCGGCGUCAGACACCAGAGGUUGUAGUGUUUCGGCAGAUACCGAGAGCCCAUCGGCUGCAGAGAGGGAAUGGACGAUGGUUGCCACCAUACCGAUGAGGAAAACGAGUGGAUCGAAGUGCUGCAUCAUGCUCUAG